GUUUGAUGGGAAUGGUGUGUCAAAUACUUAUUUUCCCCGCUGUAACCCAGAUUGAACGUUUUACCUAUUCUAUCGUAACACAUACACCAUAAUCUGUCUUUUUCGAUCUAGAUGUGUUUUUCUCUCUCUGCUUGGCAUUGAUGGUGACAAGUCUUCUUGAAACCAUUUUCAUCACCAACAUCCUCUGCAAUUCCAGUAACUAUCCACCUUUACCAAAGUGGAUCAGGAUUCUGGUCCUGGAGUAUCUUGCUCGACUUGUUUGCAUUAAGCAGAAAGCUUGCAACCAAAACUCUGAAGCAUACAAAUCAAAGGUCAUUAUCUACACUAACGGCAUGACUGAAUCCUCAAAUAAUGAAUUAUUAUCUCCAGUGAAUCCGAGGGAAAAGUGUUUAGAGGAAAUAAAGAAGAUGAGUAAAGAUCUGUUAGCUAUUCGUCAACAAGUUGAAGAACACUUGCGCAGUAAAGAUGAAUCACACAUCACUAAUGAAUGGAUCAUGUUUGGUCAGGUCAUUGAUCGUUUACUCUUUAUUCUGUAUUCUAUUUUCAUUACUGUGAGCUCAAUCACAAUUCUGGUUCUGUGGGUGAACUCCUCUCAUAAACAUGAGAACUAGUAGUGACUCAAAGUCAUUGUCUGGCUAUUUAUAAACAAUUAGGUUGCAAUUAGGCUGUGCUGUAUUGUGAAUAAGUCAUGGCUCAAGGACGAAUGCAACCCCUAUCAGGUGUGACUUAUUCAGGAUAUUUCUUUUAUAAAACAGGUACCACAUAUAUAUUAGAAAUAUUGAUGUUACACAUAUUGGGUGCUUUGCAGUGAUACACAUAAUUGGGUGCAGCUGGUAUUAUUUAUGAUAAGACACAGCAAUUGACCAAUCAGAAUUAAGAAGUGAAACUAAAGGUCAUUUGUGAAUUCUUUGUAUAGCUUAUAUUAAAAUGUCCAAAUCCUUUGCCCAAAAGUUGUAUCAGUACUUGAAAAGCUUAAAUAUGUAACAUUUUAUUUCAUUUGCAUCAAAAAUAACUUCUUGCUAUAGAUUUUAUACAUCACAUCUUUCACUGUGGAAAAAAAAUGUGUUUAGAAAAAGCUAAUAUUAAAAAUAUUGGUAACACAAUUGCU